UUUAGAAUUUCAAAAAAGGAAUUCGAAAAGUGGCAAAGCUCAUUAGUGGCACAUCGAUCUAAUACCCGCUCCCGUUUUACGGGAUUUUUUAAGAAGCCAAAAUCAGUUCCAAUACACUUGUGGUCAAGAAAAGUUAUGGUUUUCGAAACGCCAGAAACGGAAUUUCGGAACCGGAUUGGCUCACGUGAGGAGAAAACGAUUGUGCGGGAAGGCUCUAUUGGUAACGAUUCGAAAAUACGCUCCGCUUUGACGAAUGCUUUGGCUAAAAAAAAUGGCGAAAAAUACAACUUUUUUGAAGAUGAGCAAGUACGGAAAACGGGUUCAAUUUUUGAAAGGCGAAAGGAUAUGCAAUAUGUUAAAGAGGCAUUGCCACAUACACGUUUAAACGGUUUUCAUAUAAAGAUGGAAGACGAUUGUCCACAGGGUGGCGAUGAUACAAGGCUGUCCGUACUUCGUGCCCUCGGGACGCACAACUGUCGAACGGUACCAUGUGUUUUGUGUGAACGAAAUUUAGUUGUUUACGAUAGAUAUCCGCUUAUCGAUGGAACCUUUUUCCUUUCGCCAGUACAACACUCCAAAGCUGCAGUCAGCAUGAAGUUUGAAUCCAAGACAGGUUAUUUGCACGCAAUUUGCAUUACAUGCAUGCACACCGAGUGGAAAUGUCCCGGUUGCGGUAACAGUGGAUGGUUUCUUGGUUCGGCGUUAAUUGUAGGAACACUGUAUACCUACGACGUUUUAUCAAGUACCGUUUGCUGUAUACCAGUUUGCAGACAUUGUCGUGCACUUUCGCUUAUAUGUACAUGA